AAGUGCUAACCUAGCACCUGUGUUUACUUAACACCUGCCAUUCUCUAGACAGCCUUCUCAUUGCCUCUGCUAAAGGAUUUCCCCUUCAGAAUCAGCAGCUAAAUGAGAUCAUGAUUUUGGAAGGAACUGGCAGAAUGAGUAUCAAUUCCAGCAGCAAUCUACUUCACCAGCAGCCUUCCUGGACAGAUGGAUAUCCCACAUGCAAUGUGCCUGGCAGUUUCUAUGGAACUCAGUGGCAUGAGAUACACCCUCAAUACUGGACCAAGUACCAGGUGUGGGAGUGGCUACAGCAUUUCCUGGAUACCAACCAACUAGAUGCCAACUGCAUACCUUUCCAGGACUUUGACAUUGAUGGCGAACAUCUGUGCAGCAUGACUUCGCACGAGUUCACCCACUCAGCUGGGACAGCCGGCCAACUUCUUUACAGCAACCUUCAGCACCUAAAAUGGAAUGGUCAGUGUGGCAGUGAAAUGUACCCAUCACAUAAUGUCAUUGUAAAAACAGAACAAACAGAUCCGUCCUUAAUGGCCUCCUGGAAAGAAGAGAAUUAUUUGUAUGACAGUGGUUAUGGUAGCACAGUAGAGUUAUUGGACAGUAAAACUUUCUGUCGUGCACAGAUUUCCACGACUACUACCAGUCACCAGCCUCUUGAGUCUUCAGUUGAGAAAAAAACACAAGAUCAUCCCCCAAAAUCCCACACCAAGAAGCACAAUCCUCGUGGAACUCACCUCUGGGAAUUUAUCAGAGAUAUUCUCCUGAAUUCAGAGAAGAACCCAGGAUUAAUAAAGUGGGAAGACCGGUCUGAAGGUGUCUUCAGGUUCUUAAAAUCUGAGGCAGUGGCUCAGCUCUGGGGAAAGAAGAAAAACAAUAGCAGCAUGACUUAUGAGAAACUCAGCCGGGCCAUGAGAUACUAUUAUAAAAGAGAAAUACUGGAGCGUGUGGAUGGUCGGAGAUUAGUCUAUAAAUUUGGAAAGAAUGCCCGUGGCUGGAGAGAAAAUGAGAAUUGAAGAUGUCAGCAAAAACAGCAGCAAAAUCUUCUGGAUGUAAAUAUUUCAAAGACUGUUCUCUUCUAUUUAUGUACCAAAAUGGGAGGAACCCCCCUCUACUUCUAAAGGAAGAAGGAACAUUAUCAUUGGUGUCAAAUUAUGUUAGUUGAAGUAUGUCCUGUAUGGGGGAAAAAUGUACACAGUUUUCUGUGAUAUAUGGUAACAUAUGAUUGUGAUUAAUUUUGACAUCUUGUGAAGUUUUUUUUAUAUAGUGCAGGAGUAAUGUGAUUUAUGACGAUGCUGUGAGUCAUGCAAGUAAAGGUGGGAAUCAUGGGGCAUUAUGUAUUUUUAUGAGUAAAAGAAUUUAAAAUAAGGCAGCCUGCUUUCUGCACAUGAGAAAAAAAAUGAGUUCCAAUGUUGCUUAUCUUUGUAAGAGGACUCAAGGGCAAUUGUUCAGUUCAGAUCAUAUUAUUUCAACUAUGGAUACCUGUGGAGUAUGAAGUAACAUACGACUGCAUGCAUGAGGCUUAAAAGCAUCUGCUUCAAGUAGCUAUCCCACAACAGUUACACAUGCUGGAGCAUGUUAGUAAAAUUAGGAAGUGAACUUUGAGUGGAUAAAACAGUAGGCCUCUCUGAGCCAUGCAGUUGUUUUAAUAGAUUCCUAGGCCAGAAAGGACCUCCUGUAUAACACAGGCCAUAAAACUUCCCCAAAAUAAUUCUUAGAGCACAUCUUCUAGAGAA